GUGAAAGACCACACAUAUGCGACGUCUGCGGCAAAAGCUUCCUCACCUUCUACAAUCUGAACAAGCACAAAAAGAUGACCCACCAAAAACUUCGUCCCUUCGAAUGCGAACAAUGCCAAAGGAAGUUCUCUUCGAAGUUUGCGCUACGCACGCACGAGCGACAGCACACGCAAGACAUGCCGUUUACGUGUAACAUUUGCGGUCAAAGUUUUCGCCAAAAGGUGUCGCUGAAAGGCCACCGCAAGACCGUGCACAACAUCGAGGAGCCUUUGACGUGUGCCUGUGAAGUUUGCGGCAAGUGGUUUAGUAAAGGAAACAUCCUAAAUGAUACGGCCUCAAUCCUAAACAGAUGGGUUGAAUUUUUCGAUGCAAAAUUUAAUGGCCAUCAUAUCGAAGAAGCAGAUAACACCCUAGCAAAUCGAAAUGAUUGGAAUCCUUUCAACCCAAACGAAAGACCACCUACCAUCGAAAAGGUUGCCCAAGCCAUUAAAAAGCUUAAAAUAAUAAAUCACCAGGAGUUGAUCAAUUUGCAGUGA